UCCCUGACACAGUGUCGUGUAGACUUUGUUCUGCUCGGUACAGUCGUUUGACAGCUGAAAUCAGGAACAAACUGCAGAUACACCGAGGACAGCACACAGGGUUAUCACAGAAGUCCACCUGGACAUGGAUCACCUGUUGGUGCUGGUACUGCUGUGCAGCUCUGGACUCCAGGCUGAAGGAGAACUAACCUCAACAGAGUCUGUCAGGUUGGUGGGAGGAGACAAUUGCUGUGCAGGAACACUGGAGGUGAAACAUCAGGGAGAAUGGAGAGCAGUGGAGGGUCACAGUGCCUGGACCCUGAAGACAGUAGAUUUUGUUUGCAGAAAGUUGGCCUGUGGCUCUGCUGUUUCCGUAGGAGAGAGCGAAGAGCCCUCGUGUAGACCUAUGUGGAGGAUCCCAUAUGAAUGUGUUCCGAAUGCAUCUGAUUUGAGGAAGUGUGCAUCAUCAAUUUCCCACUCCACCCUCCUGACUCUCAACUGCCCCUGGUAAGCCCAUCAGUGACAUAAUCUAUGACAUCAUCUAUGACAGUAAUGUUCCCAGGUAGAUACACACAUGCAGCAGCUAGAAUGGCAGCAGACUCCAGCAGCCAUGACGGAGUCUGAUGAGCUGCUGGGUCAGUAAAUCAGCUGCUGAAUGCACCAAGAUAUAUAUCUGCAGAUAUGAAAGAUACAUGUCUGCUGCUUCAGGAGUCCCCUGGGCCGACCAGCAACCAGCCUGAAAUGACUCCUUCCAAUGCAGUGAGGAAUGAACAGAGAUGUAUUUUAGGGAAACAAAACAACCAUUACACAAAUGCAUGGCCUAACAAAGAGGGG